AUGGAAAGCGUUGUGCCUUACUUCAACAAGACAAUCGACACAUUAGCCGGUCUACUAGCACCUUAUGUCGACGACAAGCAGCUUGACAAGGCGUGUUUGUGGCUCAAGGAGAACGACACUACUGUAAUUGUGUCAACUUUUGGUGCCUUGACACUUGCAACGGUUUACUUCCUUUCGGGCGGAAAAAGCGACCAAGACGGACGCAGACGAGGCAAGUCAUACAACGGGCGGAGAUCCUACAAAGUGAAGGUUAAGAAGGAGAAGGUGGUUCCCGUUGAUCCCAUCAAGCAGGCGUACGACAUAAUUGCCGACGUGAAACAGGAGCUACAAAAUGCGUACAUUCCACAGGUGGACAAGCUAGAACAAGACGUCAAGGCGGAGAAAAACCCGGGAAGCACAAAGACGGCCACCGAGAAGAAGCCGACAUACAAGGACAGUACCGAAUACCGUCAACUGUACCUCAACGAGUCUCUUCUGAAGCAACUGAUGCGUCUAGACGGCAUCGAGCCCAAUGGCGUCGAAGACAUCCGUAGCCAGAGGAAAGCCACUAUCAAGGAGGUUCAGGUUCAGUGCAGAAGACUCGAUGCGCUAAAAGAGCUUAUGUAA